AUGAUUCGCGGCCUUGUCAUCGCGCUCCUGUUCUCGCAAGCUAGGGCCGGACCCCUGAGUGGUCUGCUGGCGAGCCUGACGGGUCAUGACAACUCCACGUGCUCCGACACCCAUCAUGCCUGUGCCACGAGCUUUGGCGCCUUCUUCCCAGAGACCGCAGCGACACAUGCGGCUGACCACUUCUUGCCCGAUAUCUCCAGCUCCGUGGCAGAUGCAAGCGAUGCGCACCACGAUGGGCACUUGGAACAGUUCGAUUCAUCUUCCUUGCUGACCGGUCGGCGUCCCAAGAUGUUCGUGAGCUUCGAGAAGAAGUGA